AUGGAUGAUAUUGGUUUAACAUCAUCACCAACAGUUAUUAAACCGGCAUGUUCACCAUUAAACAAUAAUAGACAACGAAUUGAUUCAGCAUCUGUUAUACAACAAUCAGAUGUAUCAUCAUCACGACCAGCAUUACUGGCUUAUGAUGCUCUUGGACCGCUACUUUUUGAGGCUCUCGAUGGGUUUUUCUUUACAGUCAAUCAUAAUUCUGAACUUGAUUUUGUCAGCGAUAAUGUUGGACAGUAUUUAAAAUUUUCUCAAGAAGAACUUGCCGGAAGAAGUCUAUAUUAUUUUGUACACCCGAAUGAUAUUAGUGAAUUUAAUAAGGCUUGGGCAAAAAAAGAUGCCGGUGAUGGUUUAGCUGCACUGAUUAAUAAUAAUGAGCAACAAACAAUUCAGUCACGUGGACGUACGUUUCAUUGUCGUAUGCGAACGAAUGAUGAUUCUACACCAUAUGUUCGUAUGGUUAUAUCUGUUGCACUUCAUCGUGAUUCAUUAGGUAGUGAUAAAACAUUUUUAAUAUGUAUUGCUCGACGUCCAUCAUUAAAUGAUCCAACUGAUAAACCAUCAUUACUUGGUUUUGAUCAAUUUUCAUCACGAAUUAAUCUAAAUUAUGAUAUUGAAAAUUUAGAUUCAAGUCAUAUGAAAAGUGAAACAAUUGAUAUGAAUUUUCAAGGAAAAAAUUUUCGUGAUUAUGUUUAUAGUCAUGAUAUUCCAUCGAUUGAACGACAUUUUCAAGAAGUUAUUGAAAAAGGUGAAGGCAAGAGUUCUGUAUAUCGUUUUUGUCUUCAUGAUAAUGUUUAUGCAUUUAUAAAUACACGAAGUAAAUUAUUUCAUAAUUCAACAACAAGUAAAUCAGAUUCUAUAUUAUCAACACAUACAAUUGUUCGUUUAAUUGAAAAUAUGCAUGAUUUAAAUGGUAAUGCACCAACACGUUUAAUGAAAUCAAUUAUUUCAUCAAAUCGUGAUUUACAACGAAAUAAACAACAAACAUCAAAUAGAACAAUGACAUCAUCACCAAUUGGUACACAAUUUGCUUUAACUAUGUUAGGAGCAAAUCAACAUGCAUCAAGUUCAUUACAACAACAUGUAUCUAGUACAUUAGGUACAUUAAUACAAGUACAAAAUUCAUUAUCAACACCACCAAUAAAUAGUCCAAAUGAAAAAAUUCAAUCCCAACAACAACAUCCACCAACACCAACACUUUCACCAAUACCAAAUCGAUUAAUUGCUCAAAAAACAUCAUCUACACAUGAAAAUGUUUCUUCAUCAGAUACCGUUGAAUUUGGUAGUAAACGAACACCAUUUAGUCCUUCAUUAGGCUCUGUACAUUCCAAUCAUGGUAGUCUCUCAUCACCAGUUAAUGCCUUUGAUUUAUUUUUUUCUUCACCAUCAUCAGUACCAACAAAUUCGAAUGAUUUAAAUUCAUUUUUAUUAUCACCAACAAAUCCAAAAAUGUCAUCACCAUUUAUUUCUAAUAAUGAUAUUUAUACAACAACAUCAGCAUCAUCAAGUCCAAAAUCACAUUUAACACGUGGUUCAACACGUUUAAGACAAUUAUUAACAAAUAAAUCACCAUCAACAAAUGAAAAUCAAUUACAAACAUUACAAUAUCAUUCAGAUACAAAAUUUGAAGAUUUUAUACAAGGACCAGAAAGUCCAACAACAACACAUUUAUCACCAUUAACAACAGAAUUAUCAUCAUCAACAACAACAACAACAACAGCAAAACGUCGACGAAAAAAUAGAAGACAAAAUUCAUUUUCAACAUCACCUGUUAAAACAGAAUCAAAUCAUAGUGAUGAUAGUUCAUCAAGUGGACAAGCAACAAAUAAACAACGUAGCGAUAUUUUCCUUCGAACAUUACUUAAAGAUGAAGUACGUCCACAAAAAGUUGUUGUUGAUACACCAUUUGCAAUUGGUGCACGACAAGUAACACAACCAUAUUCAACAAAUAAUACAAAUGUAUUAGUUGAAAAUAAUAAAACAAAAAAUAAUAAUAUUAAUACUACACGUUUAACAAUAAAAACACAAUUAUCAGAGAUAUCUGAUGUUAAAACAAAGAAAAAACAACGACAAAAUUCAAUGAAUUUUUCUAAUCAAAAUAAUCCUAUACCAAGAAAACCUGGUAGACCAAAACGAAAUCCAACUGAGUAUCUUUUAACAACAACAGCACGUAUUCAAACACCACCAUCAACAUUAUCAGAUGGAUCACUUGAUGCUCUAUUAGAUUCAUCAGCAAAUCUUGAUCAACCAUUAAUACAAACAUCACCUAAUAUACAUCGUCGUACAACACGACAAACAUCACAUACGACAACAAUGAGUUUAAAACGUUCAUCUGAUAAUGAUGAACAUUUACAAAAUCCAAGAAAAUGUUCAAAAUUACUUACAGAAGCAUUACAAAAAGAUUUUAAAAUUGAAUGUCAAGAUAUUUCACCAUCAACAGCAAUUGCUGCUACUAAACUACUUAGUCAGUCAUCUCAAUCAAUAAUUAAAAAUGAACCUGAACAAUAUGAUCAUAAUUCACAAUUUGAUAAAUCUUCACCAUUAUCACAAUCUCAACUUUGUCGAACAAUGUUAACUAAUAAUAUAAAUUCAUCAUUAAUGCGUACAUCAAUUCGUACACCACAAACACCAUCAAUAAUAACAAAAAAAGAUGGACCAUUAUAUGAUUUAUUAGAACAUUUUGAUACAACAUCAACAAAUGAUAAUUCAUUAUUUUCUUGUCAAUCAUCAAUGAAUAAUACAAUUGAUCCAUUUGAACAAUAUUUAACACCUGUCUUAUCUCAAACACCAAGAACAAAUAAUAAUAAUAAUAAUAAUAAUAAUAAUAAUAAUAAUAAUAUUAAUAUUAAUUCAUCUAAAGAUGAUUAUUUAACAGCAUUAUUAAAUUCUGAUCCUCAACAACCAAAUGAAGUAUCAUUGAUACACACAAAUAAACAACAAAUAAUUAAUGAUAAUAAUCGUAUAACAGCUAUAGCUAAUGAAUUAUUUAAUUCAGCAACAAUAGCAAAUAAUACAAAUGAUGAUUUUACAUCAUUAUUUGAAAAUAAAGAAUUUCUUGACUGUUUAAAUGAUUCAACAGCAAUUGAUUCAAUAUUAUCACAAAAUUCUACAAGUCUUAUGGAACAAACAUGUCCAACAACAACAACAACAAUAACUAAACGUAGUGAAAAAGAUGAAAAAGCUAUUAGUGAAAUUUAUAAAACACUUUUAACUUCAUUUAAUCCCGGUUCAUCACAACAAUCAUCAUUAACUAUGGAUUCUUUAACUGUUGAUAAUAAUUCUUCUAAUUCUAUUACCGGUGACUUUCUUUUUACUGAAAAUACGAAUACAAUUCCAUCAAAUCGAACAGUUAAUCAUGAUCCAUUAUCAACAAUUUAUUGUCAACCAUCUGCUCCACUACCUUCAUCAACAUUUCCAUAUUCAUUAAAUAAUACUCAAUUUUCUGAUUGUCUUUCAAUGGAUCUACUUGAUAAUGGUGGUUCAUUUCCUCCAAAUGUAACACUAUCACCUAUGAAUAAUUCUUAUUCAUCACCAUCAACAACAACAACACUUAUGAAUACAAAUUCAAUGAUAAUGUAUCCACAACAAUCGGACACACAUAUUCAACAUCGACAAACACCAAAUAAUAUUUAUCGUCAAACUUCACAACAACAACAACAACAACCACCACCAAUGUAUAAUAAUUAUGUUCAAACAUCAUCAUCAAAUCAAGUUACUCCUGGCUAUUAUUCAAUGCCACCAUCAUCAACAAAUCAACAACAACGAAUAUCACCUGGUAAUCAUCAUCAUCCAUCAUCAUUAGCAAAACGACAAACAUUAAUUCAACAACAACAACAACAACAACAACAACAACAACAACAACACCAACAACAACAACAACACCAACAACAACAACAACACCAACACCACCAACAACAAAGAGCUUCAGCACAUCAACAACAAGUUCAAUUUCAUAUGUCUAUGAAUGUUACUUUACCACAUAUGAUUACAAAUCAACAGCAACAACAACAGCAACAACAACUAACACAUCGACCUAUAAUGAAUACAUAUAAUGAUUUAAUGAUGUCAAAUAAUAAUAUGCCAUCAUUGCAACAAGACUAUCAUCAAUAUUCAAAUAAUAAUUCACUUGAUCUUCCCUAUAAUUCUGAUCAUUUUAUGUCACCAUCAUCAACUAUGGGGCAACAAUCGAUGCAAAAUCGUCAUAUAAAUGUCCAUCCACAUCAACAACCUCCACCGCCACUACCACCAUCUCUACCUCCUCCACAUCCACAAGCUACAAUGCAUCAGCCAUAUCCUAAUAUGAGUGUAGCUCUUUCGGCAACUAUACAACAAAAUUCACAUAAUUCAAAUAAUCUCAUGAAUCCAUCAAUACCUAAUUUAACGUCUGCUGAAUGUCGUCAAUCAGAAGAACUCAAUAAUCAAAUGAUGAAUUGUUUGAGUUUUCAACCUGUUCGAUCGACUAGUGAAUUUGUACGAAAACAAUUACAAAAUACAAUUCAAGGACGACAAAAACCAACUGGUGGAAAAGAUUUAUCUGGAGUAACAGGACAUAAUUCAUUAUCAGCAAAUCUUGAUUGCAAUCAAAAAGGAGCAUUUUUUCGAACUCAUUUGUCUUCUCAAAUGUCAACUCCUCCAUUACAAACAACAAUAAGACCUCAACAACAAGACAAAACAACAUGA